AUGGCUCUUAAGGUUUUCGUUGCUUCUCUUCUUGUAGCUUUUGUAUAUGCUGGGGGUCCAGCUAGUUACUCGAUUUCUGCUCCAUCACACGAUUACUAUUCUGUAGGAAGCUCUAACGAACACACCGUUAAGGGAUUAUAUGGGCAAAAUGUUCUAUCGUCUUACACAAAAUCCGUUGCAACCCCGCAUAGUCAUGCACAUGUAUCAUUAUCAAAAUCUUCAAACGACAUCGGACUUGGUUACAAAGCACCGCUUGGUUACCCUGGUUAUGCAGCACCUCUAAUUUCUGGAUAUUACGGAGGAUUUCCGGGUUAUCAUGCACCAUUGAGUGUUGCCAAACCUUUUUAUCCAUAUGGAUCCCCUGGAUUUUAUCCAGCACAUAAGUCUGUUGCACCUGUGCCAGUUCUGGGAAACACCGUUUCAUUCCAUGGAUUGGGUGCACAUUAUGGAUGGUAA